ACUAUAACAGCAUGUAUCGUAAAAGCAUGCGUUGAUGCGUCAUUCAUUAAACCAGUGUGCUUUUAAUUAUAUUAUCUGUUUAUUUUUCUCGUAUAAAAUAUCAUUCGGUUGAUCUAAAUAUUGCGUCUCUAUCAAAUUAAAGUACGUUUGAAACAUGCCAAGGGAUAUACGAUCCUAUUUUCAAACUAUUAAAACAAAUUCCAAUGUUGCUCCAGCGAAAGCUACCAAAAAACGAAUUAUUAUUUCGUCUGACGAAGAUGAGGACAAAUCUCAAUCGCCACGUAAACGGCCCAAGAAGACAAAGUUAUUGGAGAAGAAAGCUAUUAAAUCUGAUUCCAAUGAAGAUAUUAAAAUCAUUUCUCCUGCUGAUAUGUUUGGUAAAAAUCCAGUAAACAGACAAGAAGCAACUAAGAUAUCUAGACAGUCAUUAAAGCAGAAAGCUGAAGAAGUACCUAAGAUAUCUAAAAAGUUACAAAAGAAGGAGGCUGAAGGUCAUAAUGAUGAUGAUUUUGAAGCUACCUUACGUCAGUUAGAUACAUCUGAUAUUGAGCAGAGAUAUUUAACAGAGAGAGAGAAAGUUAAUGAAGAUACAAGUUUACAUGAAAGCAGUAUUGAAAAUAAAGAAAAGACACCCAUUAAAAAUAAAGAGGAUGUUAAAAAGAAAACAAGACCUGAUAAAACAAAUCAAGAAAAGAAUAAUAAAGAACACGAACCAAAGAAUAAAAAACAUUCUAAUAAUAUUUUAGACGAGGACAUUAAGCAUAAGGGGUCUGAAAAUAGUAGCAAAUUUAAACAUACAAAGAAAUCUUCUAAAACUUCAUCUGCUAUUUCUAAGAUGGAAGUAGAAUAUCUGAAAGAAAAAAACGAAACUUCUCCCAAAAAGAUAGACACUUCUGAUGUAUAUGAGGAAAAGAUUGAAAAGAAAAAACAAAAUGCUGCAAUGUAUCAGCAAUAUCUUCAAAGAGGAGGAGCCAGAAAUCCAGGCUCAAAAGAAAUCCCUGUUGGUGCUGAACAGUGUCUAACAGGAUUAAGUUUUGUAAUAACUGGCGUUUUGGAUUCUUUAGAAAGAGAAGAAGCUGAAGAACUUAUUAAACAAUAUGGUGGACGAAUUUUACACCAAAUUUCAAAGAAGACUGACUAUGUUAUAGUAGGUGACCAAGCUGGUCCUGCAAAACUGUCAAAGGCUACCAACUUAAACAUAAAAAAAAUAUCAGAAGAUGAUUUGCUUGAGCUGAUACGUACAAGGCCUGCAGGUCAAAGUGAUAAUGUAACACAACCUCGUACAAAAUCAAAAGAAAGGUCAAAGAGAAAAUUUGCAGAAUCUAGUGAAGAGUCAACACCAAAGAAGAAAAAAAUUACUGUAAACGAGGAAACGAAAAAAGCAGCAAAAGUACAUUCACCACAUAAAACCGAAAAUAGUAAAAGAGAAAUUGAGGACUCAUUAAAACAAGAACUUUAUAAUAAGGAUGAAAAAAUAAAAUCUUCAAUUGAAAAGAAACAGAAUGAAUAUAAAGAAUCGCUUGUACAGGAUAAAAAAGAAAUAAUUGAUGUGAAAGAUAUAAAAAUACAAAUGAAUACUUUGCAAGAUAUAAGUGGGAACAUACCAGUGCAGGCAUUGGUUGAAAAAUAUAGGCCAAAAACUAUGAAACAAAUUUUGGGGCAACAAGGGGACAAAAGUAAUUUUAAGAAAAUACACACUUGGUUAAUGAAUUGGCAUAAAAAUCAAAGUGGUCAAGUGAAACAUACAAGACCUAGUCCUUGGGCAAAAGAUGAUAAUGGAGCUUUUUUCAAAGCUGCUUUGUUAUCUGGUCCUCCUGGAAUUGGGAAAACCACAACUGUCCAAGUUGUCUGUAAUGAAUUAGGUUUUGAUCUUAUAGAAUUUAAUGCAUCAGAUACCAGAAGCAAAAAACUUCUGCAAGAAGAAGUAUCAGAACUUUUAUCUAAUACCACAAUAAAAAAUUAUUUUAAAGAUGUUAAAAGCAAACCAUCAUCGAAACACGUAUUGUUAAUGGAUGAAGUAGAUGGAAUGGCUGGUAACGAGGAUCGCGGUGGUCUACAGGAAUUAAUUACUUUGAUCAAAUCAACUGAUAUACCUAUUGUUUGUAUUUGCAAUGAUCGAAAUAAUCCUAAAAUGAGAACACUUUCUAAUUAUACAUUUGACCUUCGAUUUUCAAAACCUAGAUUGGAACAAAUUAGGGGUGCGAUGAAAUCUAUGUGUUUUAAAGAAAAUAUUCAAAUUUCGAAUGAAGAUCUCGAUCGUUUAAUUGAAUCAACUAAUCAGGAUAUUCGUCAAGUUAUAAAUCAUUUGGCAUUAUUUGUUGGACAAACUGGUUCUCAGGAAAAAAAUGAAAAGAAACAUAUAAAUAAGGAUUUGAGAUUAGGUCCUUGGGAUGUUGUAAAAAAAGUAUUUUCCGUAGAAGAACAUAAACAUAUGAGUAUAAGUGACAAAAGUAACUUAUUUUUCCAUGAUUACAAUAUAGCACCAUUAUUUGUACAAGAAAAUUACUUGAUGGUUAUACCUCAAGUGCCAAAAAAUGAAUUGUUAGGAAGGGUAGCAGAAAGUGCUGAAAGUAUAGCAUUAGGAGAUGUAGUUGAAAAAUCCAUAAGAAGUAAUAAUGCUUGGUCUCUUUUACCAAUACAAGCUUAUUAUUCUUCUGUAAUACCUGGAACAGCAAUGUCUGGUCACAUUGGUGGUCAAAUUAAUUUUCCAGCUUGGCUUGGACGUAAUUCAAAAACUGGUAAAUUUAAUCGCUUAAUGCAGGAAAUCACUUUACAUGCACGUUUGGCUACGGGUGCAAGUAAGGAGGCUAUAAACUUGGACUACAUUAGACCUCUUAGAAAUACUAUUCUCAGACCUUUAGCAGUUGGAGGUAUUGAAAAUGUAGAUACAGCAAUUGAUGUUAUGAACCACUAUCAUUUACUCAGAGAAGAUCUAGAUUCAUUGGUAGAAAUUUCUCUAUGGCCUGGUGAUCGUGAUCCGUUUCAAAUUAUAGAUAGUAAGGUGAAAGCUGCUUUUACAAGAGCAUAUAAUAAAAGUUCUGUGGCUCUACCUUAUAUAGUGAGUGGAACAUCAAAGAAAAAAGUAACAUCAAGUAUACAAGAAGAAGGUUUCUUAGAAGAGGAGGAAGAAGAAAUUGACUCUGAUCAAAACGACGAUAACCUUGAUGCAGAUAAGAUGAUUAAGGCAAAGAAAGCUGGUAUAAACAAGAAUACUGAAUCAAAGGGUAAAAGUACUGAUAAAACUGAGAAGAAAGGCAAAAAUAGUAGUGAUAAGUCUAAUAAACGUGGAAGAGGACGGGGGAAAGCAAAAUAACACAAACAUCGUAAAAUUGGAACGUGAUUUUUAUUUGGAAAAAAAAUAAUGCCAUAAACUAUUAUUUGAUGCGUCUUUUAUGUCAAAACGGAGAAAUAAUUUUUUUGGAGUAUUCAAUGAGAUACUAUUCAGAAGAAUGUAUUUUUUACUCUAAUGCUUCAGUUGUUUCAACAGCUGCAAGUUCUGAUCUGGUUUGUACACAUUCUGGAGCAAAUAAAUUUUGAUAAAUUACUACA